GGCGGAUCCCACCAACUCUCUGUUGUAAGCUGUAACCGCCCUUCUUUCAUUCAUGUGUUAUUUAUACAACAAAACCCCCCAACAACAUCCUCCCUCACAAGUAUACCCAAAAUCAAAGCUGAAGCUAUGGAGAAGCAGAGUUCUCAUCUGUUCCUAAUCUCUCUCUUUCUUUUGCUUCUUGUCUCAUCAACCUCUGCUCGUCUUCUGAUACAAAAACUAGAUCAGGAGACAAAGGCAUAUGAGAUUAAUAAUCCCAGAGAGAGAGAUAUGGAACAUCUCAUGAAUGGGAUGGGAUCAGAAGAGUGUGGAGACAAAGAUGAAGGGUGUCUGGAGAGAAGGAUGAUUGCAGAGGCUCACUUGGAUUACAUUUAUACCCAACAUCACAAGCCUUAAGACUUAGUUGUUCUAGCUCUCAUGAAAUAAAUGUGUAUUUCCAUGUUAAGGUGUGGAAUCAUAUGUAAAUAUGUAACUAUUACAUCAUAGAAUAAAAAAAAAAAUUAACGAGAGUCGGCUUGGUUGACAAUGAACAAAA